AUGAAAUUAAUUGGGAGAAAGUACCCCCAACAGUAUCAGAACAGACCCCCAACAGUAUCAGAACGGACCCCCAACAGUAUCAGAACGGACCCCCAACAGUAUCAGAACGGACCCCCAACAGUACCAGAACAGACCCCCGACAGUAUCAGUACAGACCCCAAACAGUACCAGAACAGACCCCAAACAGUACCAGAACAGACCCCCAACAGUAUCAGUACAGACCCCAAACAGUACCAGAACAGACCCCAAACAGUACCAGAACAGACCCCAAACAGUACCAGAACAGACCCCAAACAGUACCAGAACAGACCCCCAACAGUAUCAGUACAGACCCCCAACAGUAUCAGAACAGACCCCCAACAGUAUCAGAACAGACCCCCAACAGUACCAGAACAGACCCCAAACAGUACCAGAACAGACCCCCAACAGUAUCAGUACAGACCCCCAACAGUACCAGAACGGACCCCCAACAGUACCAGAACAGACCCCCGACAGUACCAGAACAGACCCCCAACAGUAUCAGAACAGACCCCCAACAGUACCAGAACGGACCCCCAACAGUACCAGAACAGACCCCCGACAGUAUCAGAACAGACCCCCGACAGUAUCAGAACAGACCCCCAACAGUAUCAGAACGGACCCCCAACAGUACCAGAACAGACCCCCGACAGUAUCAGAACAGACCCCCGACAGUAUCAGAACAGACCCCCAACAGUAUCAGAACAGACCCCCAACAGUAUCAGAACAGACCCCCAACAGUAUCAGAACGGACCCCCAACAGUAUCAGAACGGACCCCCAACAGUAUCAGAACGGACCCCCAACAGUAUCAGAACGGACCCCCAACAGUAUCAGAACGAACCCGCAACAGUAUCAGAACGGACCCCCAACAGUAUCAGUACAGACCCCAACAGUACCAGAACAGACCCCCAACAGUAUCAGUACAGACCCCCAACAGUACCAGAACAGACCCCCGACAGUAUCAGUACAGACCCCAAACAGUACCAGAACAGACCCCAAACAGUACCAGAACAGACCCCCAACAGUAUCAGUACAGACCCCAAACAGUACCAGAACAGACCCCCAACAGUACCCGAACAGACCCCAAACAGUUCCAGAACAGACCCCAAACAGUACCAGAACAGACCCCCAACAGUAUCAGUACAGACCCCCAACAGUACCAGAACGGACCCCCAACAGUACCAGAACAGACCCCCGACAGUACCAGAACAGACCCCCAACAAUAUCAGAACAGACCCCCAACAGUGUCAGAACAGACCCCCAACAGUAUCAGAACAGUCCCCCAACAGUAUCAGAACGGACCCCCAACAGUAUCAGAACGGACCCCCAACAGUAUCAGUACAGACCCCCAACAGUAUCAGUACAGACCCCCAACAGUAUCAGAACAGACCCCCAACAGUAUCAGAACAGACCCCCGACAGUAUCAGAACAGACCCCCAACAGCAUCAGUACAGACCCCCAACAGUAUCAGAACAGACCCCCCAACAGUAUCAGAACAGACCCCCAACAGUAUCAGAACGGACCCCCAACAGUAUCAGAACGGACCCCCAACAGUAUCAGAACGGACCCCCAACAGUAUCAGUACAGACCCCCAACAGUAUCAGAACAGACCCCCAACAGUACCAGAACAGACCCCCGACAGUAUCAGUACAUACCCCAAACAGUACCAGAACAGACCCCAAACAGUACCAGAACAGACCCCCAACAGUAUCAGUACAGACCCCAAACAGUACCAGAACAGACCCCAAACAGUACCAGAACAGACCCCCAACAGUAUCAGUACAGACCCCCAACAGUAUCAGAACAGACCCCCAACAGUAUCAGAACGGACCCCCAACAGUACCAGAACAGACCCCCAACAGUAUCAGUUCAGACCCCCAACAGUAUCAGAACAGACCCCCAACAGACAUAUUAGUCAUAUGAAUUUUGAUUAA